GCUCUCUUGAUUUAAUCUGCUCAUCUGCAUAUGAGCACUUCCUUUUCUGUCACCCCAACUGCUGCACAGGCAGAGCCAGAGCAGCCGAUCCCACUGUGGUGCUGCCAACGCCAGAACUGCCCCGUGCCCAAGGAGAGAGCCAUGGUGAUGCCCACCCCACUGCUCACUGCCCUAGUCCUCUGCCUCGCUGCCGGCAUCCUGCAGGCUCAAGCUCUGUCAGAGCUGAUGGAGACAAUGGAGAUAGAGAGAGAGCUGGACACUCUGGAGGAGGAGCUGCAGCAGGGCUGCAGCAGAGCCCACCGUGCCAGGAAGAGGUUAAACCGGCUGGAGAAGCUGACCAGCUGGGGGAAGCACAACUUCACGGGCAGCAUGAUUGAGGCCUACGUGUUCAAGUUCAUGACCGAGCACUUCAGAGGGUUAAAUCUCAGCAGCAGGAUGGACGUGAAGCUGGGUGGCGUUGGGAGGCUCCAGCAUGCUAUGGACUUCCCGGUGGAGCUCGUGGAGGGCAUCCAGGAAUGGGGAGCGCAGCAGGAGCUGGUCUGCAUCUACAUCCACAGCCCCUGCAUGUUCCAGGACACCAACAACAGCUCUGUGUUGAACAACGACGUGCUAGGAGCCUUCCUGCAGAGCAGGCGUGUGGCUGGGCUCAGCCAUCCUGUGGAGAUCCAGUUCUGGCAUGACAUGAUGCUGGAUGCCUCCAACGCCACCUGCGUAUUCUGGCUGCCUGGAGCUGAUGUGGGCAGCACAGGCAACUGGAGCACGGAGGGCUGCAAGACCACGCACAGGGAGGGCACCGUUAUUUGCCACUGCGACCUCCUCACCUACUUCGCCGUCCUGCUGCUCCCAGCGGGCGCCCUGAGCCCGGCUCAGCUGGCAUCACUCACCCACAUCAGCACCAUCGGCUGCUCCCUCUCAGCUGCUGCCACCCUCUGCACCUUUCUGCUCUGCUGCUUCUCCAGGCAGCAGCUGAGGGACAACACGGCCAGGAUCCACAGGCACCUCCUGGCCGCGCUGCUCCUGCUCAACUGCAGCUUCCUGCUGAGCGUGCCGCUGGCUGCUGGCUCCGAGGGGCUCUGCCAGGUCACCGCUGCCCUGCUGCAUGCCAGCCUGCUCUGUGCCCUGGCGUGGAUGGGUGCUGAAGCCUUCCACCUCCUCCUCCUCGUCAUCAAGGUCUACAACAUCUACAUCCAGCACUACCUCCUCAAGCUCUGCCUCUUCGCUUGGGGUCUGCCUGUGCUGGCCGUGGUGGCUGUUUUUGUCUUCAGAGAUACAUAUGGGUACCAUGUCAUCAGCACCCCUGAAAGCUACAGGAACAUGACUAUGUGCUGGCUCACCAGCCUGCCAGCCUAUUAUGCCACCCUCUGCUAUGCUGGCCUUAUCCUGCUCUUCAACAUGCUGGUGCUGGGGAGGGUGCUGAUGAUACUGCGGAGGAUCCGGCGGCAGAAGGGGCAGGCAAGGAAGGACUGGGUGACAGUGCUGGGGCUCACCUGCCUGCUGGGCACCACUUGGGGUCUGGCCUUCUUCAGCUUUGGUGUCUUCUUCGUGCCCCAGCUCUACCUCUUCACCAUCCUCAACUCCCUGCAAGGUCUCUUCAUCUGCCUCUGGUACAUCACCGUGCACGGCCGGAGCAAGCCGGGCUCCGUCAGCAACACCUCCGGCUGAGGCGCCUCGGCACCGGGUGGGGGGCUGCCAGGGGAGCUCGGGAGCAGCACCUGGGCUGCAAAGCGGGAUUUCUGGGUGGGGGGAGCCGCCUGCUGCUGGGGGGCUGUGCCGCUGUGCUCCCCUGGGGACCCGUGCCAGCCCCGGGCACCCUGCGGCUCACAGCCCCUCCACUGACCCACACGGACUUCUGCUGCGCAGGGCAGGCGCGUCUCAUUAAAAGUGCUGUUUAAUUGCUGA